AUGGCCUCGAAAUCUCACAAACGCUAUCAUGUGGAUGAAUUUAAUUCCAAAAUGCAUCUUGAUGUUUAUUUUUCACAAACUACUCAUCAGGCAAUGCAAGAAGUCGCAAUAAGGUAUCCUAUAAUGCAGCUUCACAAGUCAGUGACCUCAGGACGCAUUAAAGGAGACACAUUGAUUGAUGUCAGUAUGGGACCCCUGGUGCACCUCCUAUGUACAGUCUCUGAUGUUUUCAAAGAGAUCACAAUUUUAAAAUUCAAUGAUGAAUGUAUCAAGGAAGUGAAGAAAUGGCUGGACACACAUACAGAAUGUUUUGACUGGUCUCAUACAUCGAAGUAUAUCACGGAGCUAAAUGAAGGAGGCUCUCAAAUUCAGGAAAUGGAAGAAGAGUUAAAGAGUAAAAUUAAACACAUUAUGAAAUGUGACAUUGAAAAAGAAAAUAUUACAGAUCCUGUGAUUCUGCCAAAAUCUGACUGUCUGUUGAGUGUAACAGUAUUGGAAGGGAUAAGUGAAGACCAGGAAGAGUUUGGCAAAAACCUUAAGAAAAUCGUAUCUUUGCUCAAACCUGGUGGACAGCUUUUGUUAUUUACAGCAUUAGAUGCAACUUUCUACCAAUUAGGAGAACAUAAAUUCAAAUUAUUAAAAUGUGAUGAGACAUUUGUCAGAAGUGUUCUAUGUGAACAAGGUUUUGUUAUUGAGUAUAUCGACUGGUUAAAAAAACCCUCUGAAACACAUCUUACAGAUUUUAAUGAUGUCACUUUCAUCAUAGCACGCAAACCCAUGGAAGUAUAA